AUGGCUCCUUCUUCCCAGCUGAGAAAGAGGACGCGCAGUGCUUUGGACUUGGACUCUGUCCUACAAGAGACCCCCAGCAAAAGACUUCGUCGAUGCCGGCUGGUGGACACCUCAUUCAACGAUGAGAACCAAGACCCCGAUUUCGAUGUCACUGGAAACGAUGAAAACGACGAGGCUCAAGGCGAGCUCAAGGAGCUGCCAACACCAAGGCAUCGGCGUAACCUGUCCCAGACCCCCACUCCUCGACAUGCCGUCAUGUCGGCUGGCAAGCUGUUCAAGCGAAUGACACCCCAGACGCCGCUCACGCCCACCACCAUCCAGACCGUGUAUCAUCAAGCUCGACAGCUAUUCGCCAGAGGAGCUGAGCCUGGCCAGCUGGUAGGGAGGGAGGCUGAGCGAGAGCAGUUGACGGCAUUCCUGGAUCGUCUUUCGACAUCAUCUCCCGGAGGUUGCAUCUACAUCAGCGGGCCUCCUGGUACCGGAAAGAGUGCCAUGAUCACCAACAUGACAAAGACGUAUUCCGAAAAGGAUGGAGUUCGCAGUGCAUACGUCAACUGCAUGAGCAUCAAGUCGUCAAAGGAUCUUUAUCACACACUACUCGCUGCUCUUGAUGAAGACAGCAGCGAUCUCACAGAAGCAGAGGCCAUCUCAACUCUGCAGAAAAUGUUCUCUUCCAAGACCAAGUCAUCGACCACCUAUCUCGUCACCCUUGAUGAGAUUGAUCACAUUCUUACAUUGGAUCUGGAAAGCUUGUACCGGGUAUUUGAAUGGUCUCUGGCAAAGUCUUCCAGGCUUAUGCUCCUUGGUAUUGCCAACGCUCUGGAUCUUACAGACCGGUUUUUGCCACGACUCAAAUCGAAGAAUCUCAAGCCGGAGCUACUUCCCUUCCUACCAUACACCGCGGCCCAGGUCAAGAACAUCAUCAUCACCCGAUUGAAAUCACUGAUGCCUGAGGGAAAGGAAGCCUAUGUCCCGUUCAUUCACCCCGCCGCCAUCGAGCUCUGUUCUCGCAAGGUUUCAAGCCAGACUGGAGAUUUACGCAAAGCGUUUGAGAUAUGUCGUCGAGCCCUGGACCUAGUCGAAGCCGAGACCAGAUCAAAGCAUGAGGAGGCAGCACGGGAAAAGUUUCUGCAAUUGACACCUACCAAGAAGCCUCUUGGAGAGAACAUCAGCAACGGUAACUCGACAGAGACUGCUCCACGAGCUUCAAUUGGCCAUUUGAACAAGGUCACUGCUGCAGCCUUCAGCAAUGGAACUGCCCAGCGCCUCAAGGCCCUCAACCUACAGCAAAAGGCCGCCUUGUGUUCAUUAGUGGCCUAUGAGAACCAUAUUCGAACGAUGGUCAAGGCGCCUAGUGCGCCUCUUACCCCCAGCAAGACGCAGACGCUGGCGCCCACGAUCAAGGUGCUUUUUGACAAGUACUGCAAGCUGUGUCUUCGUGAUUCGGUGCUUCAUCCCUUGUCGAGCUCCGAGUUCCGUGAAGUGGUGGGCAGCCUUGAGACCCUCGGGCUUGUCAAUGCAGUGGAAGGAAAGACGGGCAGCUUCGUGACGCCACAGACACCCAGCAAACGAGGUCGAAAAGUGGCGGCUGCCAGUGGAGAUGAAAGGCGAAUUGCCAGUUGCAUCGGAGACAAGGAGAUUGAGACGAUAGCCGAGGGAGUUGGUGCCGACAUCUUGAGAAGCAUCCUGUCAGGCGAGGCGUUGGAUUAA